AUGAACAGCUCCAAGCUGGAAGUCCAGUGGUCUCCAGUUCAUUCAAAUAAAUUCAUUACUUGGGGAACUGAGAUAUGUCUCUAUGAAGUUGCUGAAUUUAAGGAUAAUGAUAAACAAUCAUGCAUUAAAAUUUCUGAUACAACGGUAGCCCAAUUAUUGGCUACAAACUCAAGUCAUCAUUAUGUUAAAUGUGUUGAUAUUUACCCUCAAUCCGAACCGGAUAUUUUGCUGGCACAUGCAAGACAAUGUAACGCAGUUGCCUGGAAUCCAGCGGAUCCAAACUUAAUAGUCUGCGGUCUUGAUAAGUAUCGUACUGAUCACUCAAUUUUGCUGUGGGACGUCUUAAAAUCUCCCUCAGUAACCGAUAGGACGCAUCACCACGCUACCAGUCAAACGGAUUCAAUAAGACCACUGUCAGAGGCUGGAGUGUCUGAAACAACGCACUCGCUUUCGUGGUUUAACAAUGAAACGCGAUGCCUCGUUGCCGGGGUUAAUAACAAGCAAUUAAAAAUAAUAGACUUUCGAGACUCUGCAAAAACAGCAAAUACCACAGCGACCAAGGCCGUGUACAGUGUCGCUGUAAAUCCACACAAUGUUUUUCAGUUGGUUUCUCACGUAGACAAUCAAAUAACUAUCUGGGACACGCGAUACUUUGAGAAGCCGAUGUUGACGCUGCCGCAGAGCAGACAAAUAAAUAAAGUACUGUGGUCUCCUACGCGACAUAAUCUCUUGGGAUCUCUGCAGAAGGACUCGGCAGUAUUGUAUUUGCAUGAUAUACAGCACAGUGGAGUUGGAAGCGGAGAAGAUGCUGAGCCAGGAGCUCUAGAAAGAAUGGUCACACCUUGGUCGACUCCUGGAACCAACUGGACAGGUAUCAACAGUUUUACCUGGCACCCUACUCAUACCAAUAGAUUGCUAACGAUAUCGCCACAAGGAAUUACUGAUUACACAGUCUACGAACGAGUCACCGUUAAUUGGUCCACAAGAUCUCAUUUGGUGUGGAAUCAUGCUACGAAGGCUCUAAAAUAUAUCUCAAGCAGUGAUAAUGUAUAUAAAGCUCUAGAUGACAUUGCAAUUCUUACCAAGAGACGUGCUCUUGCAAAUUAUGGUUUGAUUCCUGAACUAUCGCAAAACGGUGAGGUAGCAGAAAAUGAAACAUUGAAAAAUUUAUGGCAAUGGCUAUACUUAAGUAAGUCUUUAGUUGAAGACGGAAUUAUUCCCUCAAUUUACAAUUACCAUCCUGGAGUAAGAACAGUCUUGCGGUUGGACGGUCAGAAUGGUGGAAAUGGAUUGUUCAUGAAAUCAGAACUGAUUAAUCGACCGUGGGUUGAUAUCGGAUCUAAUCACACUGCUAAAAUUUACCGUUCGACAGACCGCGACAAAGCUCUUCAGCUGUGUGGCUGGCGAUUUGACAAGGAUUCUAACGCGACGUACAACAAUUUGUUUCUUGAAAGGCUAGAAAGAGAAGGCCAGUAUGCUCGUGCUACUGCUAUCUCUGUAUUUAAUUUAUGUCUGAGGCAAGCUAUUGAUAUUUUAAAUCGUGGAGCGAGUAAAGUUUCAAUGUCCAGCAAUUUGCACAUUGUCGCAAUGGCUCUUUCAGGAUUUUCCGAAGACAAAAACAGUAUGUGGCGAGAAUUGUGUUUAAAAUCGCGAUCUCAAUUGUCAGAUCCUUACCUCAGAGCAACAUUUGCAUUUCUAACGGCUGAUAAUGACUCAUACGAUAACGUACUUAAUGAAAACGGCGUUGCGGUUGAAGACAGAGUUGCAUUUGCCUUGAUGUUUUUAUCAGACAGUAAAUUGUGCGAGUACUUGAAAAAAUUGACUGUUAAAUUAAGCGAGGAGGGUGACUUGGCCGGUUUUCUACUUACUGGAGCGACUUCUGAUGGUAUUCAGCUGUUGAACCGUUAUCUAGAAAUCACCGGUGAUGUACAGAGCUGCAGUCUCAUCGCAAUUCGCGCGUUACCUGGUAAAUUUCGACAAGAAAAUCAAGUCCAGGUGUGGAUAGACAGUUAUCGAGGAUUACUGGAUGCCUGGAAGAUGUGGAACCAACGCGCUCAUUUUGACAUAGAGAUGAGACGACCGACCACUGAUAAACCGCCGCAGCAGGUUUUUAUAUCAUGUAAUUUCUGCGGCAAAAGCAUAUCUGCGUUCAUGCAGAACCUCAGCAGAUCUCGUGGACCUUUCAGUAGACUUGUAAAUAAUUCUAAUCAACUAAAAAUAUCUUCCUGUCCAAAUUGUCGCAAGCCGCUGCCAAGGUGUGAUAUCUGUCUGAUGCACAUGGGAACCCCCAGCGGUAUACGCGCUCUAGCUGGAAUUUCAUCGAGAAACGACGACGACAGCAAGCUCACGGAAUUUGGGAACUGGUUCACGUGGUGUCAAACUUGCAGACACGGUGGACACACUGAUCACAUUACUCAUUGGUUCAGACAGCACACAGAAUGUCCUGUUACCUCCUGCAGUUGUCGUUGUUUUUCUCUCGACGCUUCUUUCAAUGUUUUUGUAAAUUCUACAUAA